AUGGAUUGGAGGAUGCUGCUGCUUCUGCUACUGUAUCCGAGCACUCAGGUGGCUGUGGCCGGCAGGUGGACCAGGGCCGUGCUGUUCCCAGCUGCCCAUCGGCCCAAGAAGUCCUCAUCCCUGCCAUUGAACCCCAUCCUGCAGACCUCCCUGGAGGAAGUGGAGCUGCUCUACGAGUUCCUGCUGGCUGAACUAGAGAUCAGCUCUGACCUGAGGAUCUCCAUCAAGGAUGAAGAACUCGCCUCCCUGCGGAAGGCCUCCAGCUUCCGCACCAUCUGCAACGAUGUGAUUCCUAAGAGCAUCCCAGACAUCCGCAGGCUGAGCGCCAGCCUGGCCGGCCGCCCUGGUGUCCUCAGGAAAGAAGACUUUGAAAGGACAGUGCUCACCCUCGCCUAUGCUGCCUACCGCACAGCCCUGUCCCAAGGGUAUCAGAAGGACAUCUGGACCCAGUCCCUUGUGACCCUCUUCCAGGCCCUGAGGCACGACCUGGUACGGUCCUCGGGACCCACAGUGUCUCCCUGAGUGACUGGCCCACACCAGCACCUUGUGGCAGAGACCAAUACCCACAGAUGUCCACAAAGUUUAUUGUCUAUUCCACUUAAAGAGGCCAAUAAGCAAGUAUGCACCACCAAUUCUGAGUAGCAGGCAUAAAAUGAGUCACCCCAAUGGUUUGUUGCUUUCUAUUGCUUCCUGAUGGACAGAGCCAAUGCAUGUCAUAAUGCGACAUGAGCUUGAAAACAGAUUGGGAAUGGUCAUGUGGAAUGCCUUCAAAGGUAGGAUGUCUGCUUGGUGACACACAGAAUUAUAAGAUAUGCAUGGAAACAGUGAUUCUCUCUCUCUCUCUCUCUCUCUCUCUCUCACACACACACACACACACACACACACACACACACACCAUAGAACAGAGAAGACCUCAUGGAGAUUUAGGUGCAUCCAGGCAAUGGGGGAUGGAUUCCUUUUGUCUUAAGGGGAAAAGGGCAUUCAGUUGAAUGAACAUUUUCUCAAAAAUUCCAUAGUAAAUUUAAAGACGGGAAAGCUAAACAUUCCAAUAAAUACGUUGUUAGCCCAGGAUAUACUUGACUUUUCCAAAGGCCAUCCAGAAGCCUCAGGCAGCAUGUCAAGUAAUUUUGCCACAUGCAUGUCUUCACUCCUCCUCUCUGAAGCUAUUCUGAGAUAGGAGAAACAGGAAGGGGACUCACAGAAAUGCAACUAGUCCAUUGAUGCUUUGUCUUGUGAACAGAGAAGCCUAUGGAAAAAGGUGACACCAAUGCCCAGGCUUGUCUCCUAAUGCCACGAUAAUUUAGCAUCAUCAGAGGCUCAGAGCUCCAAAUAAAAACCAUUUCAGAGGACCCAACUCUACCCUUUCAAAUACCCAAAUCAUUCAUUUUAGAAAUAUUGACUUAAUAUAUACUUAAACUAUAUAGAAUUACAGAGAAUAUAUAUGGGGGUGUAUCUAUCUGUGUGUGGGUGUGUGUGUGCGUGUGUG